UGGAGUGACACGGCACGGCACACACACAAGUGUUGCGCACGUCCAAAUUUUAAUUAUCUCUCCCUCUUUUUGUCGGAAUUGAGUAUGAGUUCCGGAGACAAGCUCCAUGGCCGCACCAGGAAAAGGAUCCGGGAGGUGAAGAAGAAGGCCCGGCCCGAACUGAGUGAUAAAGGGGCCUGGUACAGAAUUGGUUACUACAAUAAAUUUGAGCCAUUUACCAAAGUAGAAGACACUUGUGAAAGAAUAGAUGUUAAUGAUGUUUCUCCUGAAGAGUUUAUUGAAAAGUAUGAGAAGCCGUAUAAACCUGUUGUCAUUACUGGAUGUCAGAAGAACUGGAGAGCGAAUGAAAAAUGGACUCUGGAGAGACUUGGGAAAAAGUACCGGAACCAGAAGUUCAAGUGCGGUGAAGACAAUCAAGGAUACAGCGUUAAAAUGAAAAUGAAAUACUUCAUUGAUUAUAUGGGUGCAAACCAGGAUGACAGUCCGCUGUAUAUAUUUGAUAGCAGCUUUGGUGAGCACCCAAGAAGGCAAAAGAUACUGGAAGACUUUGACAUCCCUCUCUAUUUUAGAGAUGACUUGUUCAAGUAUGCAGGUGAAGAACGCCGUCCUCCUUACCGAUGGUUUGUCAUGGGCCCUUCUAGGUCAGGCACUGGGAUCCACAUUGACCCUCUCGGAACAAGUGCUUGGAAUUCACUAGUAGUUGGCCACAAACGGUGGUGUUUAUUUCCUACACAUACACCGAAAGAUAUUAUCAAAGUAAGUUCUGUGGAAGACAGCAAGCAAACGGAUGAAGCCAUUACAUGGUUCAACUUGAUCUAUCCACGUACACAACAUCCAUCUUGGCCUUCAGAUUGUAAACCUCUUGAAAUUUUGCAAAAGCCUGGGGAAACAGUGUUUGUUCCAGGGGGUUGGUGGCAUGUAGUUUUGAAUCUAGAUAACACUAUUGCUGUGACACAGAAUUUCUGUUCCCGAACAAACUUUCCUAUUGUGUGGCACAAAACAGUGAGGGGCCGCCCCAAACUGUCCAAGAAGUGGUAUCGAGUCUUGAAGGAAAAAGAACCACAACUUGCUGCACUAGCUAGUACUAUUGAUGUCAAUGAAGACACUGGUGUGGCGUCAGAUUCAUCUAGUUGUUCAACAUCGAGCUCAAGUGACUCCAGCGAUUCAUCUUGUUCAUCUGAUUCUGAUAGCGGCCAGGGUUCCCUAUCAGCCCACAAAAAGAAGAAAAGGAGGAAAAUGACAUCAGGUUCACCACCUCCAAAGCUUGAGUCCUAAGUGAAUGUCAUACCAGAUGGCUGAAUAUUUUGGUUCCCCAACCAAAGUUGCGAGUUACCAGCAUCUCAGUUUUUUUGUCCAUGCAGUUGUGUUUGUAAGAUACCACCCUGCAGUCUUUUCUUUGGUUUCAAAGUUGCCUAAUGUAUUUGAUUUAACCAAAAGUAUUCUAUCCAUUGUCAUUCUGCUAACUACUACAUACUGCCAAACCAUUUUUGAAGUAUUUUAUUGCAGUGUAUAUGUAUUUUUGUAACAUUAUUUUGGCUCAUUUCCCAUUUAUUUGUGAACUGGAAUAUUCAUUUAUGUUGCAUUAUGCCUUAUUUUAUGAGAAUCCCUUAAAUCAAAGGCACAUUCAAAACUAACUUGCUCUUCAAGUGUUUUAAUUAAUCCUUUUGAUAAUAUGGCAAUGUUAAAUGUUUUAGUUCAGCCAUGUUAUAAGAAGACUUUGAUAGAUUCAAUCAACCUUUAAAGACUGACAAGCUGUCCAAAAAGGAAAUUUAUGACUGCAGACCCAGUUAAAGUAUACUCUGAUUUUAUUUUAUGUUUUUUUAAAUCUAAACUUGGUCUGUUGGAUUAUUUGCUUAAAUGAUGUUGAUUGUUAUCUUCUCUGUUGUCUUUGUUUUGUCUUUCAUUUCAUUAAUGUGAUUGCACAAGUGCAGAAAGGAAGGGGGAGUGGAAUUCCUGGACAAGUCACAAGAUGGCUGUUGACUGAUAUCUGUACUUCUGGAACUGACUUGCUCAUUGAUCUUUCCUUUUUACUUGGUCAGUUACAGAAGCACAGAUGAUGACAAAGCUGUUUAAUUAUAUUUAGGGACCUCUACAAAUAUUCUGUUUGGUGGCUAUAUCCUCUAGAUAUGUAUUAAAUUGAAUAUAAAAAUGUCUGUUUAUAGUCUGUUUGAUUGCAAUUGCAAAUCAAAUAUUGGGGUAACAAUGUCUCAUGUUAGAAAUGCAAAAUCUGUAAAUUUGUGAAUUGUGAUAAUUCUUUUAUUGAGCAUUAUGUAUGUUCUGUGCAAGGUUGCUGUAUUAGUUCCUAUCACUUGUACAUUUCUGAUGCUAACUGUAGUGAAGAAAAGGAAAAAAUGAGGUAUUAUUUGGGCCUCUCCUUAAAUGGAACUUGGAGACUAAAUGAACGAAACCUCAUUGAUUGUUUCCUGACUCACAUUUCCUUGAUGACUGUAACCCACAAUAUUGUUACUGAACUGAAACUGAUUUCACUGUUCUUAGUGUAAUGGUGAAAUCACUGGAAAUUACUAAGCUAAGUUGAGAGUCUAUACCCUUCAUGAUGAAAGAUCUUAGGCUUUCCUUGGAAUGGAUGUUGAACGUGAUGAAGCCUCUGAAUCAUUUUUAACAUAUUAAACUUAGGAUAGAGAUUGCUUUGUUUGCUCUUUAUGAAUCCAUGUAAGCUAGUUUCAUAUCAUUUAAAGCAAAUGUUGACCUGUGAUAUUGUCAAUUGUUUGUGUGUCAAACAUGACAUGUUGUGUUUGAAGAAGAAAAUUGUAAGUGACUUGACAAAGAGGAAAAGAAUAGGUACUUGUUAAAGAAAAUUUGGUGUACCUUUGUUUUUUUGUGUUAUUUUUGGUUCAAUUUUAGUGAAAAUGAAAGGAAGGUUUCAAGCUUUGUUUGAGGCUCUACUUCAGUUUUAGUGACCUCUGUUAAGUUUUUGUCAAUUACCCUGCUGUUUCUUUUAUUGGAAUGAGGAGGUGUUGUGGAAAUGUUUUUGAAAAUGAUCUUGUCAUCUAAACAAUGUGUUAAGGCGGUAAGCUUUGAUUCUGCAUAGGUGUACAUUACAAUGGUGGGCGGAAAUUUUUUAAGGGGUGUUACAGAGUGGUUCUCACGAUGCUAGCUACUUUGGAAACCAGUUAAAAUUAUAUGUGACUUAUUUAUUCUGUUACUCUGUAAAUCUGUCAUCUCAAUUCUAUGCAAUUCAUCCUUCUAUUUUAAUUUCUGUCUAAUGCAGACAGUUUUGUAUGGACUCUUGAGGAUGGUGGUUGUCAAGUCACUUCCUUUUAUUUGAGUGACAGUGUUUCAUUUCAGACAUGACACAUGAGUUCAUCCCUGAUCCAUACCUCUAGGUUUCAUGCUGUACAGUAUACUCUCUUUGUGUUUGCGUCUCUGUUCAUUCAAUUAUUAUUCAAUUAUUAAAAUAGAUAAUUGAUCACAA